AUGCGUAAGGCCGACAGCGGGGAGCCUGAGUUCGAGACACUCCAGCUGCACGCUGGCCAGGUUCCCGAUCCGACAACCAAUGCGAGGGCUGUGCCGAUCUAUGCUUCGUCAAGCUUCGUUUUCAACGACUCGCAGCAUGGAGGGGAUCUUUUUGGCUUGCGUGCUCUGGGUAACAUUUACUCAAGGGUUGGAAACCCAACUCAGGAUGUGUUUGAGAAACGCAUGGCUGCAUUGGAGGGUGGUGUUGCUGCCGUGGCCGCGAGCAGUGGCCAAUCCGCUCAAUUCAUGACUAUCGCAACGAUUGCUAGUGCUGGAGAUAACAUUGUUUCAACGACAUUACUAUAUGGAGGAACGUUUAAUCAAUUCAAGGUUUUCCUCAAACGGUUCGGCAUCGGCGUCAAAUGGGUCGAGAAUGACGAUCUAGAGGGUUUCAAGAACGCCAUUGACGGGAAGACCAAGGCAAUUUACGUCGAGAGCAUUGGGAACCCCAAGUAUAAUGUCUCCCCUUUGCCAGAGCUUGCCAAAAUUGCGCACGAUGCCGGUAUUCCUUUGAUUGUGGACAAUACUUUUGGUAUCGGAGGAUACAUUGUCCGCCCUAUUGAUCAUGGAGCUGAUAUUGUCGGUGAGUCUCCCCGAAAGCGAAUCUUAGGAACGACGAUCGCUGGUGUUGUGGUUGACGCGGGCAAGUUUGACUGGUCCCGAUCAGGGAAAUUCCCUUCUUUCACCGAACCAUCUGAGGGUUACCACGGACUGAAAUUCUGGGACACCUUUGGUAACACCUCGUUUGCGGUCAAGCUUCGUGUCGACGUUCUUCGGGACCUCGGAGCCGCCUUGAAUCCCUUCGCCGCAUUCCUCCUUUUGCAAGGCCUUGAGACUCUAUCUCUCCGAGCUCAACGACAUUGUGAGAAUGCUUUUGCCCUAGCAGAAUGGCUUAAGAACCAUCCGAAGAUUUCCUGGGUCUCCUACCCUGGCCUUCCAUCGCACUCUUCACACGAACGUGCCAAACAACUUCUUCGUGCAGGCUAUUACGGUGGAGUGCUCAGCUUUGGCGUCAAGGGUGAUGCAAGCGUUGGAAGUGCUGUGGUUGACAAGCUCCGUCUUGCCAGUAAUCUCGCUAACGUAGGCGAUGCGAAGACCCUGGUUAUUCACCCAGCCUCGACAACUCAUCAGCAACUCACUGUUGAGGAGCAGUUCUCGUCGGGUGUCACCCCGGAUCUUAUCCGAGUUUCUGUUGGUAUUGAACAUAUUUCGGACAUCAUUGCUGACUUUGAACACGCGCUCGCCAUUGCGACACCGGAACCCUCCAGCUCCCCGACAUAA